GGCAUUGUUUGUGUCCUUCAACUCAAUCUCGUUUCUUGUCAUCAUCUGCAUCUGCAGACCAUAAUUCUAAUCGUUCAUCAUGCCUCCCCCAAAAUCUAAAGGAGGAAAAAUGCUGGGCCUCAUCAAUUGGAGGCUUAAAGUGACCAUCAAUGAUGGACGCGCGUUGACAGGUCAAAUGCUCGCAUUCGACAGGCAUAUGAAUCUUGUCCUGGCGGACUGUGAAGAAUUCAGACGCGUUCGGCCCAAAAAAAAGGCGGGAGAAACUGAAACACCUGCUGAGCAAGAGAUGAAGCGCACCCUAGGUCUAGUGAUUUUACGAGGAGAGACAGUUGUCAGUUUGAGUGUCGAGGGGCCUCCUCCAGUUGUAGACGAGGACAAAAAGAAUGCGUUGCCUGCAGGGCCUGGUCGUGGAAUGCCUGCUGGUCGAGGAAUGGGCAUGAUGCCUCCCAGUAUGUUGAUCACUACACACCCGAAAUCGUGUCGCUUAUUAAUUUACUAGUGGGUAUGCCCCCCAUGGGACGU